AUGCUGUCGGACGUUCGCCAAAGCUUGCUCUUCCGGACGAUAGAUGCACCCUCAGCUACAUUGGUUCAGAUUCGUCAAUCUUACAUGCGACACACGCCCCUAUGUGAUGGAGAGAAGUUCCUUCAUAUUCGAUUUUAUGAACGUAAUAAGGACUACGAGAUCGCUUCAAGGUGGAAGAGGUUACUUGGAUCUAAGGUGAAGAGCCUCCAUCAAGUUCUGCGUAAUGACUGGCUUCGCGACUGUCUUGAGAAACUAGAGCCAUUUCGCUCUCUAUGGAUGGACUUUCAGCUUGGAUGUUUUCCAUUGAUUCUGAGCUGGCGAUGCAGACAGGAAAUUGAAUAUUACCUAAACCAGAUGUAUGACAUCUGGCAUAAAAUUACCAAUGGCGACACCUACCUCUGUGAUGAAUACACUAUCGAGAAGCUCGGGGGUCUUGCGCCUGUAUGGAGUUCUCAUGAUCGCUCGGCAAUCGAAACCUUGUUCGCCACAUAUCAAGUCUUCCCUCGUGCACAUGAUUCUACUGUACGAGCUCAAAUUCUUCAAAGAGUACUUGCUGUCGAAGGACUUGUUCUGAAUUUCCAGACAUUUUUCAAACACGUCAAGGUACUAGGAAUGAUUAUGCUUCCUUUGAGAGAGUUGUUUCCAGCGCGUGAGCUAUUCCCUCCAAGAGAUGAUUUUAACCUAGUAUCCAGACGUCUUCCUUCCGUAAGGGACAUUCUAAUUCAGCGUUGCUACAAGCAGCGUGAGCAAAAUCAGCAACAACAUUUAUUGCAAUACAGCGAAAAUGAAGAGCGCUUAUUCGAAUGUAGCGACCCCGGAAAGUAUGCGUAUUGGCAACUAUGUCUUUACCUUUUUCGCCACGCGAAAAGCCACUGGAAUUCCUACAAAGAAGCAAAAAACCAGAGAGAAUUAUCAGAGCCUCCCGGAUGGAUCAUUCGACUUGGCCACUUUGCACGUAGGCUUGGGUUUGAGUCUGCCGAAAUCUCUUCUCUAUGCAAUCACGAUCCAGAUCUCUCACAGAUUCGCUUGCACAUGCUUCAAGAACGACCAAAUCACUUGUUCUCUACGCCUGCAGACAAAUUCGAUGCAGAAGCUUAUUCCCGUAAGACUGGCCAAGCAAUCUUUAAGCCUCGCCCGCCUGCUCUGACUCCAUUGAUGACGACUGAUAAUGCGGCUACUCUACGGAUGCCUAGAAAUCACCCAGAGCUAUUUCUCCCAACAAUAUGGACUGCUCUUACUCAAGAGCCAAGAUAUGCUUUGACAGAAUACGGAAUACUUGUGUUGAUUUCCAUGUCUUUCUUCGAGAAAUUCGGGUCAAAAUCUGCCCGCAGUAGUUACGAAGGCUUCCAACCGACCCGACCGACUGAACCAACCCCACCAAACCAAUCGGCUCAAUCGGCCCGAACACUAUUGCGCUCUUCCUCUAUAUACUCAGUACCCGAAUAUCCUGAUCAUCUGGCUAAGCCCCAUGGUAACCGCAUCACGUUCUGGCAUUUGCCACAAAGUCGAGAUAUGCGUCCCCAGGCUGAACACUUGUGUGAUGCAACAAAAGAGGGCAUUGAGAAAGUAGUAGCAGGUAUUCGUGCGCAUAGCCACGUGACCUUGUUUGCUCUUGUAGAUAAAGCUGGAAUACUUAAGGUUUGUAUGCACUCGCAACUUUGGAUUCGUCGCAGACAAUCUAAGCAACCCAAUAAUAUAUACUACGUACAUGACAAGGCGAACAGUAGGAUUUGGAUUUCGAAGCAGCUUGAUAGUUAG